AUGUCGAACCGUUGGUGGACCGGACAACAAGUCGGUCUGCAAGGACUGGAAUCAUCCUCAACCGGUUCAUCCAAGCUGAAAAGGCCAGAUCUAGGUAUAACCAUCAACGAGAACGGCGGAAAUGGCAGCAGUGGCGGCGGAGACGAAGAAGAAGAGAGGGAGAACAGCGACGAGCCGAGGGAGGGUGCAAUCGAGGUGGCCACAACUCGUAGACCUAGAGGCCGGCCGGCCGGUUCGAAGAACAAGCCGAAACCGCCCAUUUUCGUGACCCGGGACAGCCCUAACGCGCUGCGCAGCCACGUGCUGGAGGUGGCAGCCGGCUCCGACGUGGCGGAGAGCAUAGCCCAAUUCGCUAGGAGGCGGCAGAGAGGGGUUUGUGUGUUGAGUGCAAGUGGGACAGUGACAAACCUCACGCUUAGGCAACCCUCAGGGCCUAAUGCAGUCAUGGCACUGCAGGGCCGGUUCGAGAUUCUGUCUCUGACCGGCGCGUUCCUCCCCGGACCAUCUCCACCAGGCUCCACCGGCUUGACGGUGUACCUCUCGGGUGGGCAGGGUCAGGUGGUGGGAGGGAGUGUGGUGGGGUCAAUGGUGGCUGCAGGACCUGUCAUGGUGAUUGCAGCUACGUUUUCGAAUGCUACUUAUGAGAGGCUGCCUCUGGAGGAUGAAGAAGAAGCGGGGCGGUUAGCUGGCGGUGGAGGUGGAGGUGGAGGUGGUGGUGGAUCGCCACCGGCAAUUGGUGGUAGUGGAGGGCAGCAGCAGCAAAGUGGCUUGGUUGAUCCAUCUUCUCUUUAUAAUUUGCCACCGAAUUUGCUUUCAAGUGGUGGACAGUUGAACCCUGAGGCAUUUUCUUGGGCUCAUGGUCGCCCUCCUUACUAG